CACAGAUUCCCGGGCCCCGCCCUAGACUUCCUGAUUCAGAGUCUCUGGUAGUGAAGCCCAGCACUUUACAUUUUGAACACACUCCUCAAGUGAUGCGAGUGGUCAGAUGAACCGCACUUGGAGGAGCACGGAAGGUGGACGUUGUCAGACUGAAGUUCUGUACUUCUUUGAUCUCCAGUGCCCGCCGAGAGCAUAGCUUCCCUACGCACUCCUCGGCAGUGCCCAACAAGGUCGAGUGGAAAGGGAAGGCUCUGAAGAAGCCUUGUUUCAGCUGAGACCUGAAGGAUAAAAAAGAGACAGCCCUGGGGAAGGCCAGAGUGAGGUUGGAAAAGGUGCCCGAGGCAGAAGAAACAGGACGUUUACAAACUAAAGGAGCAGGGCACAAAAUAGGGAAGAGAUGGGGUUGGAGAGGUGGGCGAGCCCUGCAGGACAGCCAGGAGGGAGGAGGCUGUGGUGGUGGAGCAGAAGUGGCCGCUACGCUCCGAGCCCACCACCGCCAUGGAUCUUUCCAUCCUCCCUCCACUUGCUCCCAGAAGAGGUCUUUUGGGUGGUUAUUGACUCAUUUGCACUUGUGUUGUAGCUCUGGCUGUGGCGUAAGGCCCAACUCUCGGUUUAAGGAUUACCUAUUAAGGCAGGCGAGGAGACCCUUUUUAACAGAAUAAGCUUUCAGGAUGAAAUUAUAGUAGGUAUGCAGCUGCCCAUCCCCUCAUCUGAUCAUCCCCCUGAUUUUUCUAUCUUGCAAAUACUUAUUAAGCACCCACUGUGUGCCUUUCUAGGCCCUAAAGUAGGGCCUGGGGAUUCAAAGGUGAGCAGGACACAACUGUACCUUCAAGGAUCUUACAAGUCCAAUGAUAGAAACUGUCCUAAAUGGGACGCUUGACUGUCUAAGUUUCUCGAAGUGUCCACUAAGCUGAAAUUGAGUGGUUAACCAGUUAGGUAAGGAGUCAUGUGUGCAAAGGUCCAGGUGAGGUACAGCAGGGCUUUGGGGAAAUCUCGCCCUGCUGGCCCCAGGCCAGGCUGUCAGCAUCACAGCUGCAGGUUUCAUUUGCAAAGCCUGAAGGAUGGGCAGCUCAGUCUCCUGGCUCCAAACUCCCCAUGCAGAAAAACAAGCUAUUCUCUUUCCUAUUGCAGCAGCACCAUCGUCUUGGCCAUCAUCCCGCAGGGCUGCAGAACUGCCAGCUCUGACUCUGGAGGCAGAGGCUGAGGACUUCACCAUGACCCUGUACCUGCGGCAUUACUGGAAGGAUGAGAGGCUGGCCUUCUCCAGCACCAGCAACAAGAGCAUGACCUUUGAUGGCCGGCUGGUAAAGAAGAUCUGGGUCCCCGACGUCUUCUUUGUUCACUCCAAAAGGUCAUUCAUCCACGACACCACCACUGACAACAUCAUGCUGAGAGUGUUCCCGGAUGGGCACGUGCUGUACAGCAUGAGGAUUACGGUCACUGCCAUGUGCAACAUGGACUUCAGCCACUUUCCCCUGGACUCCCAGACCUGUUCUUUGGAGCUGGAAAGCUAUGCCUAUACAGAUGAAGAUCUGAUGCUGUAUUGGAAGAAUGGGGAUGAGUCCCUGAAAACAGACGAGAAGAUCUCCCUGUCUCAGUUUCUGAUUCAGAAAUUUCACACCACUUCCAGACUGGCCUUCUACAGCAGCACCGGCUGGUACAACCGUCUGUACAUUAACUUCACAUUGCGUCGCCACAUCUUCUUCUUCUUGCUCCAAACCUAUUUCCCUGCCACCCUGAUGGUCAUGCUGUCCUGGGUGUCCUUCUGGAUCGACCGCAGAGCAGUGCCCGCCAGAGUUUCACUGGGAAUCACCACGGUGCUGACCAUGUCCACCAUCAUCACGGGCGUGAACGCCUCCAUGCCCCGCGUCUCCUACAUCAAGGCCGUGGACAUCUACCUCUGGGUCAGCUUCGUGUUCGUGUUCCUCUCAGUGCUGGAGUACGCAGCCGUCAACUACCUGACCACCGUGCAGGAGCGGAAGGAACGGAAGCUGCAGGAGAAGUGUGAAAUGCCUCAGUCAAGAACCAUGAUGCUGGAUGGAAGCUACAGUGAGUCUGAGGCCAACAGCCUGGCCGGGUAUCCGAGAAACCAUAUCCUGACAGAAGAAGAAAGGCAAGACAAAAUAGUGGUUCACCUGGCCCUGAGCAAUGAAUCCAACUCCUCCAGGAAGAAGGGGCUUCUGAAGGGCCAGAGGGGUCUUCGCAUCUUCCAGAACACCCAUGCCAUCGACAAAUACUCCAGGUUGAUAUUCCCUGCCUCCUUCAUAUUUUUCAACUUAAUUUAUUGGUCAGUGUUUUCCUAGGGGCUCUGAGGCUGUGCCUGGGAAAGGGCAUAGACAUCUCUGGGGCCUGACUAGCCUUCCCCAUGUGGACCUGCUGACCACACUCCCCUCACCAGACAGAGAAGCGGCUCCCGGACCACCACGAGCAGUGCCCCAUCUCUUGGAGGAGCCAAGACCCCUCCAGCUGCACUUCCCCGGAGCUCGCGGGAUUGCUCCUCAUUCAUGCUGUGCUCUGUGUCCCACUUCAUGCCUCGCUGGGACUGUCGUCUUCUGUUCUUGUGUUUGAACAGUUUCACGAGAGCACCCCUCCAAUAAAAAAGGACUCACAUGCCUCCCAGAUGUUCUGAGACCCUUAUGAAGCCCAGGAUUCGGUUGCAAAGGGGAAGGGAAAAAUGAAGGACAAGCUUAGGGGCUUUCUGGAUAGGAGAUGGGAAAUUAGGAUUCAAAAUAGGUUUAAAACAUCUUUAAACCCGAACAACUGGAUUAAGUGCCUACUUAGGAAGGAAAAAAAGCUCAGAUUCCAAACACGAAAUGAUUUGACCUGUGUGAGUCUGGCAACUUGCAUGAUUUUGCAAUAUGAGGGGAUGUCAUUCAUUCAGCCAUUCCUUAAAUAUUGAGUGCCCACCCUGUGCCAGGUCCUGUGGAAAUGAAAAAACAGAAGUCUCCUUUCUCAGAGAAUGUCUCUAAGCCUGUGCUCAUUCUACAUAUAGCAGAAAGUACUUCUGCCCUUCUCCCUCCUUCAACCCCCACUUACCCCACAGACCAUUCUCUUUGCUGGUGGUUUUACUUCUAGGUCUGUCUAGAAAAGCAUUUGCAGUCUCCCAUGAGGCCCUCGUGAAGCCAGCUCAAUGUUUCUCUCCUGGAAUUUCCAUACAGGACAAGCCUACCUCUGGGAGGAGGGACAGUGACAUGAGAAUUAGUGAUAGCAGAACUUGGUCUUGGGGCAGAAGGAGGCAUGGGUCUGGGAAAUUUGUUUCAGAUUCCAUCCUACCUCCCUUUCUGGGCUCUUUCCUUUCUCUCCAGCUGACCAGUGUCCUCAAUAAUCCCUGUGUCCAAGCCCUGCCCCCACCCGGGGACCCUACCUAUGCUGACCAGAAGUGCUCGCACUCUAGAAUGAUUUCUCCCUUACCCCCACAAGCUAGUGACUCUUUCCUCUAACACAGCUAAACUCAGAUUAGGAAAGCAAUCCAAUUUAUUGAAUCUACAGUAAGUUGUGAAUGACCAUUUCUCUUAACCCUGUUUUAGGUGUUUGCUACGUAAGUGAAUUUCUAAUUAGUAGAAUUUCUGGAGGUAUAAAGGACAUGAUUUUGAGAAGGGAGCCUUUUCUUAAAUCACAGCACUUGGUAUCAGAAAUCUGUUCUGGGAGAGUAGGGAGGGAAUGCCCACCUGGGAUUUCUUGCUUAUUGAUGUAAGUUGUUCUGCUCUUUUUCUCACUGCCCCUACCACCUUCCUGCUCAGGGUCUGGAUGUCUGGUCCUUUGGUCAAGAGUAGACAAAUGGUACAGCCAAAGAGUGGGCAUAACCCUGUCUUCAAUCAAGUAAGCUCUGGCCUAGGAGUCUGCUCCAUGGCUCAUGAAUCCUAGGGGCCAGGAUUCUUGGUUCCUGAGGAUUAGAGCACACACAGAUAUCAGAGCCUCCAGAGUUUCAAGUAGAGGGCCUGUAGCUACCUGAUCCUCUCACUUACUCCCUCAUCGUGACUGACCACACCAUUGCUGUAUGCAUCCCAGCUUCUCUGCUCCUUCCCCCACGUUAGUCCCCCAUCCAUUUCUUCUGUUCCAAUACACACUCCUUGUGUGAUCCUGGUCCGAGAUACUUGCUUCACCACUCCAUUGCCCAUGUUAAGGACCAGACUUCUCAUUUCUGGACACCAGCCCACCAGAGGUUGUGUGAUCAGGGCUGGGAUACAAGGAGCUGAACUCUCAGAGGGGCUGGCUCCAGGCAAGCAUAUGACAUAGAUUACCUUGGGCAACUGCACGUUUGAGAGGUCCCCAAGACCACUCUCAGGUUCAGUAAUUCACUAGAAGGACUCACAGAACUCAGAAAAGCCAUUAUACUCACGGUUGUGAUUUAUUACAGCAAAAGAAUACAGAUUAAAAUCAGCAAAGAGAAGUGGCAUAUAGGGCAGGAUCCCGGAGAGACCAGGAACGGAACUUUCAGUUGUUCUCUCCCAGAGGAGUUGUGCAAAUAGUGCUUAUUUCUCCCAGCAAUGAUGUGUGACACUCUGCACUGAAUAUUGCCAACCAGAGAAACUCACCCAAGCUCAUCAAGAUGUACAGAGUUUUUAUUGGGGGUCAGCCAUGUAGAUACAGCUACUGCCCACAUGGCUGACCCCAGUCUCCAGCCUUUCCAGAGGUUGAGCUGAGAACUCAUAGCCCAAGGCCCCCAUCAUAAAUCACAUUGUUAGCAUAGACUAUCUGGCAUGGCCCAAGUACCCCAGGUAAACAAAGACCUUCCUAUCAGGCAGGACAUUCCAAGGGCUUAGAAAUUACCUCCCAGGAGCUGGAGGCCAAGGCCCAAACAUUUCUUUUGGCAAGGUUAAUCCUUUAUUGCACAGCAAUCCUUGUCGAUUCCUUAUUGCGAAUGUUAAUUGCUGUUCUGCUAUUAUAGAUUCAUGCAACAAACACUUUAAAGCAUCGUGAAGUAUAGUGCGGUCCAAAUUAAGAAUAAGAGAUAGUCACAGCUCUCAGAGAGGGGACUGGUAGAGGACAUGAUAUACAAACAUCUAUAAGUUAAAAAGUGUUAAGUGCUACAAUAAUGGUUCAAAGUGUAAUGGGAAUUCUGAAGAAGAAAAGAAUGAUUUCCACUGGGAAGACUGGAUUGCAUGAGAAAACAGCCACUGAGCUGCCCCUCGAAGGUUGGGGAUUUGGAGAAGAAGAAAUGUACAUGCUAGAUGCACAUAUAGAAAAGUACAUGGUAGAUCUGUGCUGUCCAAUAUAGUAGCUACUAGCCAUGUAUCCAUUUAAAUUUAAGUAAAAUAAAAUUAAAAGCUCAGUUCUUGCCACAUCGCACUAGCCACAUUGCAAGUGCUGUGCUCAAUAGCCACAUGUGGCUGGUGGCUACUGUAUUGGAUAGUGCAGAUCUACAGAAGAUUUCCAGCAUCCCAGAAAGUCCUAUUAGACAGCGCUGCCGUAGAUGAAAGGAUCAGCCUGAGCAAAGGCAGGAGAGAGGCAGGAAAGUCUGGGAUUGCAGAUUAUAGGGCUUGUGGGGCAAGCCUUUUGUUUUGGCUGGAUCCUAGGCUGUGGGAAGAGGAGGUAAGAGACCAGCUCUUUCAUAGGGGUCAUGGCAGGUCCCCCCAUGUGAGUGCUAAUGAGGACAGCUUCCCUUCCAUGAGCUGCCUGACCCAAGACCACUGGAUUUCCCAGCCUCACAGACAAAUGAAGAAUGAAAGGGUGUAAACAAGGAUAACUGGAUGGUACAGGGCAUCUGGACUUGUUUAGAAACCUUUACUCUCUAGAGACUCUUCUAGGCCACAGUGCUGCUCAGAGAAUGAUAAUUAUAUUGUCAUUAAAUAUAUUAUAUUGCUUUGGUUGUCUUAUUUAAUUCCAACACUACUCUG